AUGACAAAGGAGGAUUACGAUCAAGUCGACCCAGAAGAGAUGGAACUCAUGGACAUUCGUUGUUGCAUGGCAAGCAUCAUCCGAAGAGCUCAAAGAUUCAUGGAGAUAACUAGCAAAAAGUGCUUGGAAGGCCCGGACAUGAAGAUAGGUUUUGACAAAAACAAAAAUAACGAGCAACCAACCAGAAAGCAGAUUGAAGAAGGACCUUCUAAAGAAAAGAGACAAGUUGUAAUGACACUUCGUGAUCGUAAUGAAUCCAGUAUACAAAAUGAAAAAUCUGUGUGGGAUAAUUUUUAUUGGGAUAAAUACUUCGAUGAGGAAGAAGGAGUCAGAAUUGUAAUUCAUGAUGAUGAAGGGUAUGAUUGGAGUCAACAUGACAAGGAAAAUGGAAAAGCCAAGGCCAUGGUUGCUGAAAUCAAACAAAGUCGAGAAGAAAGGCAUGCUCGCAUAAGGCUGGAUGAAGUGGAUGAUGCCUACAAGGAAGCAACACAAGCAGGCAGGUGGAGUAAAGAAAAGGAAUGCUUUGUCGAUCCUCAAGGAAAUCCGACGGUUAAUCCUGAAACGGUUGAUUUUGAAGCGCUAGCUACUGCAAUACCGACUGUGAGUGUUUGGUGCAAAGGCCUUGAGGAGAUUCCAAGGUACAAAGAAAAGGUUGAAGAAGGCAUAAAGAAGGUGAUAUAUGCCAGUUUGGAGAAGAAGAAGAAGAAGACGAUUGAGGAGAUUGUGAAUGAGAGUGAAAAGCUGGUGAAGGAAGUGAAGAAAGAAGAUGAAAAAGCUGAGGAAGCUGUUGCAGAGAAACAACAGGUGUUUGAAGAAGAUCAGAAUCAACAAGAAAAUGAAACCACGGUGCUAAUCACUGAGGUAACAAUUCAAACUGAUUCUUCUGAUAAAAAAGCUGAACAACAGUGCAAGAAAUGCAUGGAAACGUGCAGUACUUGUACUAAAAAGGAUGAAAAGCUUAAAAUCAAAGACAUUGAAUUCACUAAUGUGACACUCGAGAACAAGUCUGAGCCACCAAGAUUGAAACAGCCAGAAGAAAAAUCAAGGUCUCUUGCAGUUAUCUACGAUGAUGAAGGAUAUGAUUGGAGCAAAAAAGUUUUACCUGAAGAAGAUGCUGUUGGGUAUGCUUUUGUUGCUGAGGCUGAUCCUGAUAGAUGGUGGAAAGUUGACUAUGCAAGAUGGGAAAUUGGAAAAUUAAAUGAACCUUUCAAAGAAGCCCAGAGAGCCAAACGAUGGAAUGAAGAAUUGGAAUGUUACAUGGAUCCACGGGGUAAUCCGGUUGCUGACCCAUCAAAAGUGGAUUUCAAAGCUGUAACAAAUUUGCUUCCAAGGCAGGCUACUUUCAACAAACGAAGGUUAUCUGAUAAAGCAUAUUUGCCUGAUUUGGAGAAGAAGAUAAGAGAGAUUGCUGCUGAAGAGGAACAGAAAAAUGAAGAGAAACAGAAAGCUGAAAAAGAACAGAAGAUCGAGGAAGCACUUAAAGAAGGAAAAGAGGAGAACAAAGAGCAAGUUCAGAAAGCUAAGACAGAAGAAUCGGUGCUGGAAGAGACUGAGGUAAGAAAAAUCUUCUGA